AUGUUGGGUCGAUUGAGAGAGAUCGCGCUGAAGCGUUUCAUGUAUUUAGAACGUAAAUUUCAAGGAGAUCAAAUUUUUCGCGAUCAAUAUGCCGAGUUUAUGCGCGAGUACAUUGAGUUGAAUCACAUGUCUCUAGUCAAGGAAGACGACGCAUUAAAUGCGGUAUAUUUGCCACAUCAUGGCGUAGUUCGCGAAUCAAGUACGACAACAAAAUUGCGAGUAGUGUUUGAUGCUUCCGCAAAAACUACAUCCGGUAUUUCCUUGAACGACACAUUAAUGGUGGGAGCGAACUUGCAGGACAAUAUAAUUGAUAUUGUCAUGCGAUUUCGUUUGCCGGCUAUCGCGAUUACUGCCGAUUUGAAGAAGAUGUAUCGUCAAAUUUUAUUGCAUUCGAGUGAUCGCGAUUAUCAAAGAAUUUUAUGGCGAUUCUCUUCGAGCGACCCAAUAAGCGAAUACAGACUUAACACGGUCACUUACGGCGAGGCAUGCGCCCCGUUUCUGGCCGUCCGUUGCGUGCGACAGUUAGCGGAGAGCGAGGCGGACCAGUUUAGUGAGGCAUCGAAAGUGUUGUUAAGCGAUCUGUAUGUUGACGACAUUAUAACCAGGGUCGAAAACGAAAAUCAGGCAAUAGAAUUGAUAUCUCAAUUAGAAGCGUUGUUAAACAAGGGAGGAUUCGAGCCUCACAAAUGGCGCACAAAUGCGAAGGGAUUAUUGCGAGAUAGCGAUUGCGGGGAGAAGCCGUCUGUGCUGCCGAUCGAGUCGAGCACCGUUAAAACUUUAGGAUUGAAUUGGUGUCCGAGGACAGACAUGUUUCGGUUUUCAGUUGAAUCGAUGGCCGAUUCCGUCUCAACCAAACGCGAGGUUUUGUCGACGGUUUCGAGAUUAUUUGACCCACUCGGACUGAUCGGUCCCAUUAUAAUUCGAGCAAAAUUAAUAAUUCAGGAGGCAUGGAUGUCAAGGUUAGAUUGGGAUGAGCCGUUGACGGACGGUCUUCUCAAGGCGUGGAAUGCAUAUGCUGAGGACUUGCGUGGGAUAGGCGCGAUUCGAGUUCCGCGCAGAAUCAUUCGGGGCUUCGAUACAACGCGCUUUUGUCUGCACGCCCUUUGUGACGCAUCUUUGAGGGCCUAUGGAGCUUGCAUUUAUCUGCAAGUUAUCGACGAAGCCGGCAGGGCCAGUUCUCUUUUAUUAUGCUCCAAAUCGCGAGUUGCGCCGGUCAAGAGCAGCACGAUCACACUGCCGAGACUCGAGCUGUGCGGCGCCGUUGUUCUCGUUAGAUUACUCCAAAAUGUAAGGCGGGCUCUCGGGAUCCGAUUCGACCGGGUGCAUGCAUGGAGCGACUCCACGAUAGCGCUAGCAUGGAUCGCCGGUGAGCCAUCGCGUCAAAAGACAUUCAUUUCAAAUCGAACAGCCGAGAUACAAUCAAUUCUUCCAUCGAGGCAUUGGCAUCACGUCGACGGGAGUGAAAACCCGGCGGACUUAAUUUCGAGAGGUACUAGCUUAACGAAUCUGAAACAAAAUAAAAAUUGGUGGGAGGGUCCGCCUUGGUUGUCGCGUCCUGCGGACUGUGAACGGCGAAAAUCACAAUCACCACCUCUUACCGAGGAAGACAACUCGUCAAAAGCGAACAAAGAGCGGACAACCGAGUUUUCGCGAGCGUCAUCGAGGAUGAUUGCGUCGUCGAUUAUUUACUAA